UUGGCAGCCCACCCGCGCCGCGCGCACAAGUCCCGCACCGGACCAAGCGACUCAGCGAGCACCGUCUGCCUCCUCGCCGUCGCACCGCCGCCGGCGCCACCACCCACCAAUGGCGACCUGCUCCCGCUCGCUGCACCCGGCAACCCCCGCCCCCACCCUUGCGGCGGGACUCACCGGUCCAGGUUUCCCCUCCGAUCCCAUCGCCCGGUUGCCCCUCGCCCCCUCUCGCCUCGCGGGCGCGGCUAAACGUUAGGGUUUGCUUUUGCCCUCCCUCUCACCUCGUCACUCUUCCCGGUUCCUCGCAGGGAUGAAGGGUGGCCCGUCGGUCCCAGCGCCCGAGGAGGAGGACGAGGUGAAGCCGUCGGCCGCCCUCGCGCCCGCCGCCGACCUCGCCAGGCCAGGGAGGAGGUUCCGCCCGUGGGUGCCGAUGACCAAGGAGGAGGAGUAGAAGCUCGUCGAGUUGACGGUUCGUCACAUGUCGGGGAGGAAGGAGCUGCAGGCUCGGAUCGAGAGGCGGGGCGAGCUGCGCAAGCGCUUCGACGUGGUUGUGUUCAAGCGGAGGUGCUGGGCCGCGACCUUGGCCAACCACCCGUUCACGCUCCGUGCCGACGUCGCCCAUGCCAGGCACCAGCUCAGCGCCGGCCGGAAGGAAGGGAAGGCUUUGCCGGAAGAGCUCGACGAUGCCCGGCGGCGCAACCACCACUGUGUCUUCACCAUGAAUGAGCACAUUGGCAAAGCCAUGGACAUGGGCCUGGAGGCCUUCACCCAUGACUACUGUAAGUUUUAUGAGAACGAGAAGAAUAUGCGCUGCGAAGUGGAAGCCGAGAUAGUUCGAGGUGACAAGAGUGGAGCUCCACAGGGUCAUGUUGCCUCCAAGUAGCUGUUGCUCUGAGGCUCUGACCGCCUUGUAGGCAAAUGGAUGGUGCGCCACGGGAUGUAUAAAUCAUGAUUUCACACUUGUGGCAUUCAUCAAGUAGUGAUUUUUUUGAUAUGGAUGUGUUGGGGCGUUUGACAAUCCAUUAUGAAUCAGCAUACCAUAUCUUUGUUAGUUCGUCUCGGUUGUGCCUAGUUGCUUCCAU